AUGUCAGACUGGACAAAGGGGAAUCACUUCAAAAAAAUUGCCAAAGAACUCAAUGUAGGCGUUCCGACGAUAAAAGAUUGGAGAAAAAAUCGGAAAGACAUUGAAUCAUAUACAGUGACUAUAGAUGGUGAAAACGCUCUUAAAAAACGCAAAACAUUGAAAAAACCUAAACUUGAACUGCUUGACAAUGCAUUGUGGAUGUGGUUUUGCCAACAAAGAAGAAAAGGAACUCCAAUAUCUGGGCCCAUAAUAAAAGAAAAGGCAAUAGCUUUGCACAAAAAACUAGAAGCCGAAAGUGAGUUCGCCGCUAGUGAAGGCUGGAUUGAUCGCUGGAAAACCUGUCAUGGCGUCCGGUUUGUUUCAAUUUCUGGUGAAAAACUAUCCGCUGAUGCUGAGGCAGCCAAGAAUUUUUCUGUGAAAUUUCAAGAAAUUGUCGAAGAAUAUGAACUGUUACCUUGCCAAGUCUUUAAUAUAGAUGAGACAGGCCUAAACUAUAAAAUGCUGCCAAACAAAACGCUCGCUUCAUCAAAUGAUACCGUUGCAGGAACGAAACUUAUAAAAGAUAGGCUAACCAUUGCUCCUUGCAGCAACGCUGACGGUACACACAAGCUUCCUUUGUUCGUUAUUGGUAAAUCUAAGAAGCCAAGGGCAUUCAAAAACAUAAAUUUAUCUUCCUUGCCGGUUUAUUAUCGCAGUCAAAAAUCUGCUUGGAUGGAUUCCAAUCUUUUCAAAUCUUGGUUAAUCGAUGAGUUCAUUCCAUCUGUUGAAAAAUACUUGAAACAAAAAAAUCUCCCUGUUCGUGCUCUAUUGCUAUUGGAUAAUGCACCAUCACAUCCAUCUGAGGAGGAAUUAGGGAAAGAGGACAUAAAAGCUAUCUUCCUUCCUCCAAAUGUCACAUCACUUAUCCAACCAAUGGAUCAGCGAGUUAUAAAAUGGUUAAAGAGGCGGUAUCGCAGAAAGUACAUCAGUUCAAUUUUAGAAAAGUCCGAAGAAGGUUUUAACAUAUUUGAAUAA